AUGCCGUUGGUUACUCGUGAAGACAAUGCUGGAAACAACAACCAGCCGGUAGCCGCUGCAUCCGGUUCACAUCCCUUGCUGAUGAUGCCUACAACAUCCAGCGGAAUACCAUCGUCUUUUUCCGGAACUUCAAUGGAGAGUAGCAUGUUGCCUGGAGAAAUUUUUUCGGCACUCAUCCCGAAGCUGCCACCUUUCUGGCGUGAAGAGCCAGAAAUCUGGUUUUUACAAAUUAAAUCCAGUUUCAAUCUUGCUGGCAUAAGCCAAGAUUCAACAAAAUUUGAAUAUCUGCCUAGCCAUCUUGAUAAGUCGAUUCUUUACGUAGUGAAAGAUAUCAUCAGGAGUCCUCCAGCACAAGGACGUUAUAGAGCGAUGAAACCAAGAAUCAUCCAACAUUUUACAGAAUCCGAGGAGAGUCAGCUGAAGCAGCUGUUAAACAACUUAGAGUUGGGUGACCAAAAGCCGUCGCAUCUUACGCACCGCAUAAAGUCUUUGGCAGGAUCUAAGGUCAGUGAUAAUGUUUUGAGAACGUUAUUUUUGGAAAGACUUCCGGAAAAAUUCAAGUGUAUCCUCGCGGUCACAGAAGCUGCUCAAUUGGACAAAUUAUCGAACUUGGCAGAUAAAAGUUUUGAACAAUUUUCUCCUACUUCGAUGUCCAUUGCUGAAUUGGGCCAAAAAAAUGUGCGAUCCGAUUUGCCUCGUCCUGUCGCAUCGUCUCUUUCCGAACUACCCGAUUUAUUACCAAAAUUAGACUCAAUCAUUUCGAGGAUAGAAGCGAUCGAAAACCGAACCCGUGCUUCUCAUCGUGUUAAUUCAUCCAGACAUCGUUCAUCACAAUCUCGUUCAAAAUCACGAAACAGCAAAGAUUUAGGGCUAUGCUGGUAUCACUGGCGUUUUGCUGAGAAGGCAACAAAGUGUUUACAGCCGUGCGCUUUCAAAAAUUCAAAAAACUAA